AUGGACGCAUUUCCACAAGAACUCAUUGAGGCCAUCAUUGACGAACUUUUCGACGACCGAGAGGCGCUCAAAGCUUGCUCUCUCGUGUCACAAUCAUUCUUCCCUCGUUCUCAGAAACUUCUCUUCUCCUCUGUCGUACUCGACUCUCGAGAUGACUCUAGUCGAGUACACAAUCCCUCGGCCGACUUCCUGAGAUUGCUUGUGCGGUCGAAACGUAUCGCGUCCCUCGUCAGGAACUUCACCAUCUACAACUUUACCUGUGGGAAGAACAGCUGGUUCACACAGGACCAGGACAUCGUGCCGCAGAUACUCGGCUCUCUAAGCAACCUGAGAAAGAUGACUAUCUCAGGACGACACUACGACCGGAGGUGGGACGGCUCAAGCGACAUACGUACUUCGUUAUGUCAAAGCUUCUCCCUACCUCACCUCAGAUCCCUUUCCUUAAACUAUACAUCGUUCCUAAAACCUUCCGACUUCCUCCAGCUGUUCAGCAACAGCCGUGAUCUCAAGGAGUUGCGACUGAUGAAUGUCUACAUCAGCGACCAGCUCAGCCUUCAGGCGCAUCCGGACCGCGAGCACAAUACCCCCAUCGACGAUGAACGGCUUUCUCAGAGACCAAAGCUUCAAUAUCUACGUAUACAGAACGUGCCCGUCGUUCUCAUUGACACACUCACCCACACCCAUUCUCCGUUGGACCUCAGUUCUCUCCGAAGGCUCCAAGUUUGGUCCGAUCAUGGUGACCAGAGCGACCAUCUCCAGCGUCUUCUCGAAGCUGCCGGUGAUGCGCUAGAAGAGGUCGUGUUUCACGGUUUCUCGUCAUCAACGAAUGGUUUGGACAUCUCGCAUGUCCCAAACAUCACAUGUUACUUUUCAAACUUCUUUUCCGACCGUGUAGCCAACCACACUGUGCUAUCUGGAUUGACGGAGUUGUUUUUCCAGCGAUAUUCACGCGACACGUCUCGCAUGGAGACUGUCACUUUUAAUUUGCGAUCUCACCCUAAAGCCAUUAUAGAUUGUCCUCGGGAUGAGUGGAGGCGACUAGAGGAGGCGAUGAUGGUGGUGAAGAGAAGGGUGAGGUUCGAGAUACCUGUCAGGGAUAUGAAACGGUCCAUGAGGGACCCAUUGGAAAGGGAGUGCUUGGCCGCAGUGAGAAGGGGAAUGGGUAUGUUGAGCGAUAGGGGAAUCUUGGAGGUAGACAUGGUACAAGGACCAUAA